AUGAACCAGCACGGUCUUUGUGGAUAUCGACGAGAAUCCUGCACCUGGGGCAUAAAGCGAACAGCCCAACACGGCGAAGACGGAGAAUCAAGUUUCGCAAAGGACCCCGAGGAAGCCAUUCAAGAAAAGACGACGACGAAGCCCAAUAUAUGGGUUUUGAUUGAUCAUCCCGACGAAAGCGAACGAAAACCAAGCAAUUCGACCGCGGCAAGCUUGAGGAAAUGCACGAUGACCGCAUCAGCGCUGAUGUCUCCAUCAGAUGACAGGCGACUGGCUAGGUAG